CUAACAAGGAGGCUUUCAUCCUCCCGGAAGGGAAAAGUGUCAUCGUCCCCCGUCCCCCCAUCACCAUUCCUGGCAGUUCUGGGACUUCCACACCAGACUCUCUGCCACAGGACCUCGAAUUUGGCAGCGAUGCCAGUCCAGCCUUUGAUUGUCUCUUCACCCGAAACGCCAGCCUUGUUCUCUGGCUCGGCCUCACAGGAUCUGCAAAUCUGUCCCUGCAGGGCAUCUGUCAUUGCCGCAUCGACAUCUCUCCCAAUCUCAUCCUGCGUCAAAGCCAGUUGCCAGCCAAGCGCCCCCACCAGGGGGUUGGGUUUGCUUUUCAGAGGCAGGAAGGGACUCGGAGGGAAGACGGAUCGGCAGCUAAUCCCAGCAGUGGGUGA